AUAUUAUUCCGCCAAUUUAACGGAACAUUUUUCUACCCUAAAAUUGCGUAUCAACACCAGCAAGUACGUCGAAAAAGCGGCUAAGUCGGUAAGCGUAUAAUUAUUAUAUUGUGUAGUAAUGAUGGGAGAUCUGCAACGUAAAUACUAAUGCGAGCAAUCCGUUCUCGGGAAACUUAUUUGAUGGAAUCGGCUUUCGUUACGUCUCCAUGUUGAUCUUCCUUUUUCGACCAGAUGAAGGAUUUUGUAGAAAUCGACAGUUUCGAUGUAAAGGUGAAAUUUUAUGAUCGCGAUAUACAAAGUCGCGGGAAAAAAGAAGAUGGAAAGAUUCGAUUAUGUGCUGUUUCCUGCGAUAGUUUUGCCUUCUUUAUCGAAAAGAAGGAAUCAGGACAUAUGGAAAUCGUUUUGUUGGAUGGAAAAGAUAAAUGGAAACUUAAAUACAUAAAGACAACAAGAUCUUUAGAAUUAUUGAAACAACCAAAAAAAAUUCAUGUACAAUUGCCAGUAACAUUCAAAGUUGGUGCAUUUGAUAGGAUGUGUCAAACGGCGGAGAAAUUGUUGGAAAAAAUGUCUUGGAAACACAUUGAGUACUUAAAACAAAGUUCUUCUGAAAUUGAAGGAUUGCCAAAGUCUUUUAAACUUAGCGAUUGCAAUAAAGAAAAUAUUGGAUUAAACAAGAGAGUCUUGAAUGAUUCGAAAUCUGGAUCUGAUGUAGAGUCAAGCAUUUUAGACGAACCAAAGAGAUUGAAAAGAGAAACUACUCCUGAAAAAAUUCUGUCUAAUUCCUCAUCAGAUAGACAACAACAGAAAACUCCUAAUCAAAGUGAAAUAUCACCUCGAAAUUUUUAUUCCAAUAUAACUGUUAGCUCUGUAAAAUGUACACCCCCAAGAAGUAUUUCUACGUCAUGUCGAAUAUCGAGGAAACCAGCUAUUCUUACAAAUGGUCUGCGGAACUCUUGUCCUCAAACUUCGAAACCUUCAACGUCUUCCGUACUCUCAGCGCCAAUCAGCCAUGCAACUGUUAAAGAGAUAAAUAACUGUGGAAGUGUUAAUUUCGAUAACAGUGAGGAAAUAACGGGGUUGCGUAAUAUUGGAAAUUCGUGUUACAUGAAUGUAAUUCUUCAAAGCCUUUUUAAUGUUGAAUGUUUUCGGAAUGAAUUUUUAGCCAACUAUGAUCAAUUUCUUAAAGACAAAGAUGUUAAACAAGGCUGCUUGCUUCUCUCAGUAUGCCAUCUCUUUAGCGUCAUGAAGCUAAGGAGAGUAGAGAGGCGUCAUUUAGAAUCUGUGAAAGAGGCUUUUGUUAAGAAAGCGGAAACAUUUGCUGGAACUCAACAGCAUGAUGCUCAGGAAUUUUUAACAUUUUUCUUAGAUAUUUUAAGAGAAGAAUUAUUGGCUAUCAACAAGGAAAAAUCUUUUGAACAAUAUAAAAAUUCAGUCCUAAUCAACUUUGAAACAGUUACAACCGAAAACAUAAGAUGCAAUAAAUGUGGAAAUCUAGUAACUAAACAGGAAUCAAAUAUGCAGAUGAGUCUCCUCAUGCCUGAUAGACCUAGCCUCGUUUCAGCUCUAAAACAAUUUAUGAGCGAGGAAGAAGUUGAGUAUACUUGCGAGAAAUGCGAAAAUAAAAGUGGUGUUCUUUCUCAUAAAUUUUAUAGACUACCACGAGUCUUGAUUCUACAUUUGAAACGAUACAAUAAAUUGGAGAAGAAAGGAUCCGCUGUUAUGAUACCAAGGUACCUAAAUCUAUCAAAUUAUUGCGAUGAAACAACAAUUUCACCCUCUUUGUCUUCGGAUAUUUCUCCGAGUGAUAACUUUCUGAGAGAUGUCAUUGAGGAAUUCGAAAGGAACUUGGAAAAUAACAGAGAAACUGAAUUAAACAAUUUUCCUGAUUCUCCUGGUGGUGAUAUGAAUGGAACUAGAUUAAGAUUCAAAAAUCGUUUCCAGAGUACUAAAAAGAAACCUGCCGAUACCUUACUAUCGGAUUCUUCAAGUUAUUUUGCUAAAGAUGUGAAAAGGUUCAAGCCCAGUAAUGGAGAAGAGUUCUCAAAUGGUUUGAUGGAUAAUGUUAAUGCAAACAAGUAUGAUGAUGGUGAAGCUGAUUUAUUUGAUAGUCAAGACGUUGGUAAAAAAGGUCCUUAUAAAAAAUUAGAUUUUAGCUGCGAUGAGGACAGAAGGGACGAUUUAUUAGAUGAAAGCGUUAGGCACGAAAGAGCAUCUCCCAAUAGCUUUUUACAUGAUGGCCCUGUGUACAGCGGAACUUCUAUGAAUUCAACCGUGGAACCGACUUCAUCAUCGUCAGUGAAGUGUGGAUCUGAGGAAAAUCAAGAAAUUCCCAAUUUCCCGGUUAAUGAUAGACUUGGUACAUCUCCGAAUGGUCUUUUGGGAGGUAAUUCUGAAAAUAACUCGCUGGAAAGGAGAAAGGAAAUAUUUUCAUUACAACAAGAUGACAGUUCUACUAACUCUUGUGGAUUGCUAGGUGGUAGUCCUGCGGUUAAACAAUCUGAGGCAGAUGUACAAAGUCAGGCCACAAUCGAAGAAUGUGAACUAGACGAAAACGAUGAAGAGUUACAAAAAGCUAUUCAACAGAGUAAACUCCAGUUUGAAGAGGAAAGGAGAAGUAAAAUGCAGGAAGAGGAGGAACAACUACAGGAAGCUCUAGAAAAGAGCCUCUAUGAAGCUGAGGCUGAACGACAGAGAAAAUUAGAGCAACUAGAGAGCAUAACAGAUGAUGAAGAUUAUGAUGACGAAACACAACCUGGAUUUUCUUAUCGGCUCGUCUCCAUAAUUUCCCAUUCUGGUAGUGCGCAUGGUGGGCACUAUACUUGCAGUGUAUUACGAUCAUCGGACGGUAAAUGGUAUCGAUGUAACGAUAACGAAGUUACGAGUCUCUACAAUCAGGACGAAAAGUCACUGCUAAACGAGUGUCAAACUUACGGCUAUAUUUUCUUUUAUGUAAAUAAGUGA